AUGCAUGACAGAUCUUUUAACCCCGAAAAUCGUCCUCGCGUGACAACAGCCGACCUUAAUGCCGUCGUCGCAGCCUACGUGCCGUCACCACCAUGGCCACAUUCCAAAUCAAAAAUUCGUCUUUUGUUCACGUCAUCUCGACAACUCUAUCCGUCGUCGGCUGUUUCGCACGUGCUUGAGGUCUACGAUCGCACGAGGCCAAGACCCCCCGAUCGUGCGUGUCGUCGAUACUCCACAUUGGGAGCCCAAUUGGGCGGCGGAUCUACAGAAGCUGACACUUUGGGAAAAGGCCUCGAGCUAGCUAUCAAUCAGGUCAUGAUUCCGCACAACCUGAUAUUCAUUGCUUUCGCCAUCUUGACUUCGUUCCUCAGAAAUACCUCCAAGCGACUGCUGAAGAGGGCCACACUCUGUGCCUAG